AGAUCGAUGUGAUGAGUUGUCGUCAUGUUGUUGGCUUGCUCUUUAAGCCGAUGGAACUGAGAAAUGCUAUGCAUUGUUGGUGACUAUGGCCGGAUUCUACAACCUAGAAAACAGGGAGGUGAUUCGUGUCAAAGUAAAGAAGUGCGAUGGCUUGUUACAGCCGGAAUACAAGAAGUUUUCUGUCGAUCCCCAGAUCACAUCCUUCGAGAUGCUUCAGGGGAUUCUGGCUAAAGCCUUCGAGAUUAAAGGUGACUUCACAAUAAGCUACUUGGCGUCUGACUCUGAAGGCCAGGAUGUGUAUCUCAGCAUGCUGUCGGACUGGGACAUGGAUGCUGCAUUCCAGUGUGCGUCCGACCCAUGUCUCAAGCUUAAAGUGGACCUCAAGCCGUUUGAAGAAGGAAGCAUGGAUGAGUGGGACGUCAUUGCCCCCGUGGAUGUUCCCCAGCACAAGAUUGCCAACAUCAUCGAGCGCAACUCCCUGCUGGGAACCAUCACUGGUACCAUCACCAGUGGAGUCGGUAAAACCAUGAACACCGUACAGAGAGCUAUGGGAUUUAAACAAACGGAAGAAGAGCUGUACAGACCAAUAAAGCCACCUAUGUCUGACAUGGAAUUUCACAACUACUUGGACUCUGCUGGACUGAUGGUAAAACCACAGGAAUUCCGACUCAGUAUUUACCAAGGUGGUAUCGAACCAUCGCUUAGACGUGUUGCCUGGCGCCAUCUUUUGAACAUCUUUCCUCUGCAUCUGUCGGGCCGAGAACGCUUUGACUACUUAAAAAGGAAAGAACGCGAAUAUUACGAUCUUAGAGACGAGUGGAAGGAGAAAUUCAUCAAUGGCAGUGUUACCGAAGAAGUCAAAUACGUAGCGUCGAUGGUUAAAAAAGAUGUUUUGCGGACAGACCGAACUCACAAGUUUUAUGCCGGAGCCGACGACAACAAAAAUGUCCUGUCUCUGUUUCACAUUCUGGUCACGUACGCCCUGACACACCCCAACAUUUCCUACUGCCAGGGAAUGAGCGACAUUGCUUCCCCAAUUCUAGUCAUCCAGAAAGACGAGGCGCAAGCCUACCUGUGUUUCUGUGGUCUCAUGAAGCACCUGCACGUUAACUUCAAACCCGACGGGGCGGCCAUGAUGAUGAAGUUCAGCCACUUGGCCGACCUUAUGCAGCUUCACGACACAGUGUUUUUCAAAUACCUGCAGAACAUUAACGCGGGCGACUUGUUCUUCUGCUACCGCUGGCUUCUGCUCGGGCUGAAGCGCGAAUUCCCCUUCGACGAUGCCCUGUACAUGUUGGAGGUGAUGUGGAGCACCCUCCCUCCUGACCCCCCAGUGCGAGAGAUCGAACUCACGGAUUACGAUUAUAACGUGAGGCUGCUCUCGUCCUCCCCAUGUUCCCCGACUGUCUCCUUUCAGCAGACCGUGUAUGCAAAACUGCUGUCUAUGAGACACUUCGCGUGUUCGGUCCGACCCAAGAAUCGGAAAGAACACCAUGACAAGAUCGCUAGCAAUUCUGUGAACAACAACAGUAUGACAUUUUUCGAUUCUUCUCCAGUGGAUGAUGAAAAGAACGGAAAUACUCAAGAUUAUCCUCGGCUGGAUGAUCCCGAUGUGAGAGCAAUGGAACGGCGAUCAUCGUCGAUUAAUAGGUUCCUGGAGGAUAUGCAAAGAGUUGAGACCUCUCAGAAUGGACCAUCACAGUUGAUGGAUAACGAUAGUGUUGAUGAAGGUGUCGACGAAGUUGUUAAUGGGAUGAGAAGUGAUUUCUUUGGAUCGAACGGCGACACUACUGAUGACCAGCAUUCUGUCAACUCGGGAGUGUGUGACGUUUCCAAUAGUGAUGUAGAAGAAUCGUCUCAAAAUGAGACUGAACAGCAGAUGCAGUUCAACAUGUCCUUGGAAACGAAGGACGCAAAACCCGAAAGUACCAAAGUGACAGACGAAAACAUUUCAGGCAGUGGUCUGUUUAGCAGCAUGAAAAAAUUGCUGUCUUCGCCAAAGAAAAAACCUGCAAACAUUUCCAUACCGAAAGAAAUUAGUUCCAUGACGAAUGUGGUGGAGAACGGUACAUCUAAUGGACUCGAUAUCAGCGACGCAAUGUCUAAUUCCGGAGAGUCGAUGACAGCGUCAAAGAUUGCUCAAAGGCUGCCUCCGCCUCAGGAGUUUGGCUGCGGAAAUCCUUUCCUCAUGUUCAUGUGCUUGACACUGCUCCUGCAGCAUCGGGAGCCCAUCAUGAAGAAUAGCAUGGGCUACGAGGAGGUGGCCAUGCAUUUCGAUAAGAUGGUACGGCGACACCGAGUACACAAGGUGCUCCACAUGGCGCGACAGCUGUACUCGGACUAUCUGCGCACACAGCAGUCAUUAGUCCUUGGUGACGGUGAAUUCGAUGUGUGACCUUUCCCUGUUUGAUGUUCGAAACAUUGUAAUAUGCAGUCAUAACAGUAUUGGAAAUAAAUGCAUAAACUACAGUUGUCAGCCCUUUGUGACUGUGAAUUCGAGUUGUGACCUGUCCCCGUUUGAUGUUCAAAACAUUGUGAUACAUAGUCACAGAAGUAUUGGGAAUAAAUGAAUAGACAACAGUCGUCUGCCCUUUGUGACAGUGAAUUCGAGGUGUGACAUUUUUCUGUUUGAUGUUAAAUAUGUUUUUUGUAAUACACAGUCACAUCAGUAUUGGGAAUAAAUGCAUGGACUACAGAUGUCGGCCCUAUGUAACCGUGAAUUCGAUGUGUGAUGUGAUGUUUGAUGUUCAACAAAAAUUUGUAAUACACGGUCACUGCUGUAUUGGGAAUAAAUGCAGAGAGAACAGUCAUCAACCCUUGGUAAGAGUGAAUUUGUCGUGUGACAUUUCAUGUUUUGACCUUAGAAUCAUUGUAAAAUGUAGGGACAGCUGUACAUUUGGAAUAACUGCGCACACAUCGGUCGUUAGCCCUGAGUGAUAUUGAAUUCAAUGAGUGACAUUUCCCUGAUUGAUCUUUGAAAUAUUGUAAUACACAGUGAGAUUAAAUACUGUAUGUUUUAGUACAGUAAGUUUUAAGUUAAAACCACAAAAGCUUUAUUUUUCUCGUAGAAUACACCUUGAAGAGAUAUGUGUUUGGUUCCAGAGCUGUUUUAUAAAUGGCGCAACUACCUUUUCCAUCUAAUAAAUAACAUGUAUUUCAUCUAAAGAACGUGUAUUUAGUUUGCAGCUUUUUCUGUAAGUGAAAAUGUUCACUCUAUUACUGUAUUUGUGUGUCAGCUUUUCUUUAUUUUAGUCAGUUAAAACGAAACAAAAUGUGUAAUACAGUUUGUGUAUAUAUUAUUUAGUCUGUGCAACCAUUCUAGGAGAAAGAUUGUAGCUGUUUAUAUUUUGGACCAGCUGUCGACUAUGAAAAAGAGCGACACAAUAAAAUUAAAUUUAGUCUCAGGUAAUAUAUGGAAUAGUCAGGGCUACAUGUAGCUCUGGCUGAGCAAAACAAUUCUCCACAUUGUCUAUUAAACUUAAAAAAUUGCA